UAGAUUGAUCUAACAACGAGACAAAUGAGAUGAAUAUUCUUUCUCAAAUGUCACCAUAGGUGCUACUCUCUUGAAUUAUUAGUAUAAGACACUAGAAAUGAUAGUGACACAUAAUUGUAUUAUAAGAAAGAAGAAGUAGUAGUAUAGGGUUUGAGGUCAAUAUAAAUGAUGAUGAUAUGCUACAUCAAUUCAAAGAGAAAUUGAGAUGAUCAUCAUAGUUUCCCAAAAUGACCAAUAAUAGUAGUAAUAAUAAUAAUCCUUUCUUGUUCCAUAACACAGAUUUUUGGGAUGUUGAUUCGGACACUGCUUCCUUUGGGUUCCAAUCAUUGAAAACCAAGAAUGAUUUUGAUGAGCCAUUUGAGGAUUCUUUAUCAUUUGAGAUGAUUGACUUCUCAUUAUCAUCAUCAUCAGAAUCAAGAACCCUAAAGAAGGAGAAGAAUCGUGAAAAGGAAGAGGAAGAUGAUAAAAGAAGAGGAAGAAGAAGUUACAUAGGAGUUCGAAAGAGGCCAUGGGGAAAAUUCGCAGCGGAAAUUCGAGACACAACAAGAAAUGGAAGAAGGGUUUGGCUUGGAACAUUCGAGAGUGCUGAAGAAGCUGCUUUGGCUUAUGAUCAAGCUGCAUACUCCAUGAGAGGCUACUCUGCUCUUCUCAACUUUUCUUUCCAAAGGGUCAAAGAUUCUUUGCAAGGAAUCAUCAUGGAUUCUGAUUCCAACAACAAACACAAACCCUUUUCUUCUUCUUCUUCUUCACCUGCACUUGCACUCAAAGAGAGGAACUCCCUCCAAAGAAAAUUGUCAUCAUGGUCCUCAAAGUCUAAAAACAAGAACAAAAGCAAGGAAUCAUCAUCAUCAUCAUCAUCUAAGGAAUCUUCAUCAACUACUACUGCUAAUAGUAAUGGUGGUGUCAUGGUUUUAGAGGAUUUGGGAGUUGAAUAUCUUGAGCAUCUACUAACCAUUUCAGAAUCUCAUCAUCAAAACACAAGCCCUAACUACUAUUGCAACAACAAUGAAGUCUUGUUCCACUCGUCAGGUGCGAUCGUCUACAAUGAUCCAACAAUAGUGUAGUA